AUGACUGAACAACGAUCGUGUUUUGAGCAUUUAUCUGCUGAAAUAUUUCAUCUUAUCUUUGAUUAUCUUGCUCCUCAUGAUUUACUUCGUGCCUUUAAAAAACUCAACAAACGAUUUACAACAAUACUUACUCAACAACCAUUCUACUUACCUAGUAAUCGACAUAUGAAUUUUAAAUUGUAUCUUCGUUAUCUGACCAAAAUUAUACCAAAACAUACUUCACAAUUCGCUUAUCUUCAUUUAUCCGAACGACGUGCUCCACAUGCACUUGAUUUAUUCAUUUCAGAAGUAUCUCUUGAUAAAUGGGCAUGGCCCAAACUGCAAGCUGUCACCAUUGAAGAUGUACCAUCUCUGCUUUUUGGAACACUAUUAGGUGACGAUUCAUUCUUGUCCAAUAUUCACUCACUAUCAUUCGACAUUGGUGAUGAUCGAUAUUAUCAUUCUCAAUACGAACAAUUUACUGAUUUUAACAUUGUAAUUCCAUUUCUGAAUUACUAUCCUCAAUUGCGUUCACUCUGCUUGCGUAUUGGCAAUCGCCUUUGUCAAAAUUACUUUUCUCUGUUUGAUCAACAUUGUCCUCGAAUCAAUAUCCAUCAGAAUUUACAAAUACUCACUAUACAUGAAUGUUCAAGAGAGCUUCUCAUCAAGCUCCUCAACAAUGGUUAUUUACUACGAUUACGUCGACUCAGUGUCACCAUCUCUUGUGCUUUCGCCGAUCUUGGCAUCGAGCCACCAAAUACAAUGCCACUGCAACAAGUCAUUGUACCUGAAUUAUGUUACAUCAAUCUUCAACGUCAUAGUCAACUGGAACGCUUGAGAAUAUCGGGUGACAUAAAAGCCGGUGGAAAAGAUAGUCUUCCACGAGUGGCUCUACUACGACAAUGGUUGGCAUUGACCAAAUCGAAAACAUUUAGAUUUCAAAUGAAAUUUGGCAUGUAUCACGUUCCCAAUCGUGAAGAAUGCAGUGAUGAUCUUUAUGCCGAAUAUCGACAAGCAACCGGCAAUCCAUCAACGGCAAAUUAUGAGCAAAUGUAUUUUCGUUAUCCAUAA